CUCAACACUGGGCGCACUUAUCGCUACUCGUAUUCAGGAAAACGCCAAACGCAGUGGUCAUUUUCCGAAGAGCAAGAGUGUCAACAAGAAAGAAUUGUUGCUGCGGUAAUUUGAACGGCAUUUAAAGUUUUUUUUUUUGCUGCUUUUGGGGGGUAGGAAAAAACCAACCCUUGUGUGAGUGUUAAGAGAAAUGACUCAACAAAAGUGAUCUCAAGUGUUGUUGUUUUUUUUUUCUUUUGGAAAAAAGAUCUAAAUACCCUUUAAAAAGGUUUGUUUGGCUUUUAAAGACUAAAUUUGGCCUAGUUUGGACUUCCGAAAGGCCUGUUCCAUGAUGCUUGCCAUGGUUUUUGGUUGGGAAAAAACAUUUUAGUGCUCUUUAUCUAAGACAUUUGCUUGGAAAACGUGACUAACAAGUGAUUUAUGGUGUGGUUGUACUUCUGCUGCCCGCAAACUCAUCUCGUGUCUUUGGCAACGCUGCCGUCGCUUUUGCUUAUCAUAGUCAGCAAAGCAAACAUCAUUGGUAAGCGUUGUGGCAAAUUCUUGAGACUUGCCAUUGAUUUUGCGUAGGCAAAACCCCAGUUAUAACCAAAAGACAGUUUUUGUGAAACUUUUAACGGUUAGUCUAAGAAAAAUUUCAUUUGCCAUGGAUUCUUUGGAGGUGGAAUUUAAGAUCAACAUACCCUCAUCAUCAGCAGGUGGGGCCAACACCUCAUCCCCAUCAACAGCAGCAACAGCAUCUUCUUCCUCAACUGCCUCUUCAAACAAUAACUCAUCCUCCUCCUCCAGCUCUUCUUCCACUAACCCUGCGAAGAAAGUCAUUUCCCAGGAGACAGUUUCCUAUUUAAAUAUCUCCGAGGUCACUAACAGUCGCCAUCAGAUGCUAAGCACUUCCUCUUCCUGCUCCAGCUCAUCCAGCAAUGCUCAGACCCAACAAGCCAUAGCCGAGAUCAUUAAUAAUCCAGCCCUAUUGGAAGUUUUGGUCAAUGCCUCAACCAUACAACAGCAGCAGCAUCAUCAACAACAGCUACAAUCAACUGUUCCAGCACCAUCAUCAUCAUCAUCAUCGUCUUCGUGCUCUUCUUCAUCUUCUACGUCUACAACUGGCAAGGAUGUAAAUGCCUGCAGCAAACUAACAAAUACUCCAACGCUUAGCAAAGCUAACAACAGCAACAACAAUUCCAACUCCAGCAUGAAUCCCAGCAGCCAAGCCAUUAGUUCCUCCAGUUCGACUUCAAGUCCCCCCACCAACACCCCUACCGCUGUAGCCGGUAACACCAACGAUUUAGCAGCUGCAGCUGCUGUCUUUCUAUCGUUGCAGGGGACCAUGGUUACAAGUCUGCAACAGGCAGCCUUACUUCCCGUCAAUUCACCAGCUGCUGCAGCCUUAAAUUUGCAAGCUUUAGAAUCGUAUUUGGCUUUGCAACGUAUCACUGGGAAAACCGAUGUGUUUCGCUUUAAUCACAGCGUGGGAAACAAUAGCAACAGCAGCAACAACAACAACAACAACAAUCACAACAGCAAUGGUGGAGUUUUAAAUGCUGCAUUGGAAACCCCCUCCUCUCAUCAUCAUCACCAUCAUCAUUCUGCGCUGGAGCAGCGCAAACAUGAAAGCAGCCAUUCCAAACAUUCAAUUGGCAGUCAUAGCUCAUCGUCGGCUGUUAAUUCAAAUGCCAAGGAAUCUUCCCUGGACAAUGAGUCCCUAACUUAUGGCGAAAGAACUACAAAACUGCCCUCGGCCAAUAGUCUAUUCCAUUCAUUGCAUUCGGCCAACAACUCCAGUAAUGUCAAUGCCACCUCCUCCUCCACUUCUGCAGCUGAGUUGGGAGAAUGUGAACUACCCCUGCUGAAUAGCAGUGAUGAUACUCUCAAUUUUGAUGCCUCUGAACUGGAGAAUAGUUUUCUCUUCAAUUCGGCUCUGCUAAGUUCCAUGUCGGGAGCCCAACACCAACACCAGCAACACCAACAUCAGUCUCAACCAGGUUCCUGUUCCCAAGAUUUAGAUCAAAUGUCUGCCCUGCAGGCUUCCAUGUUUCAAGAUAAACUCAACACCUUGGCUGUGGCUGAUUGUAACUCUGCACAUGCUGCGGCCAACUCUAAUGCCACCGAGGGCUCACAUUGCCUUAGUGGUGGCGCCAGUGGCAAUCAAUCAUCAUCUGCCGCCAAUGCCCAAAGGGCCAAGAAACAGUUCAUCUGCAAAUUUUGUAAUCGUCAAUUUACCAAGUCCUAUAAUUUGCUAAUCCACGAAAGGACCCACACCGAUGAGAGGCCUUAUUCAUGUGAUAUAUGUGGCAAGGCCUUUAGGCGUCAGGAUCAUUUGAGAGAUCAUAGGUACAUUCACUCCAAGGAGAAACCUUUCAAAUGUGCCGAAUGCGGCAAAGGCUUUUGUCAGUCACGUACAUUGGCCGUACACAAAAUUCUACACAUGGAGGAAUCGCCACACAAAUGCCCUGUCUGUAAUCGCUCCUUUAACCAGCGAUCGAACUUAAAGACACAUCUGCUGACUCACACCGAUAUAAAGCCAUACAAUUGCAAUGCCUGCGGCAAAGUCUUCCGACGGAAUUGUGAUUUGCGGCGUCACAGUUUGACACACAAUCUAACCUCGAAUGCCAGCACAGCCAUGACGGAUUCGUUGAUAUCGCUUAGCUCAACGGUCAAUGAGCUAUUGGGCAAUAGCAACAAGGAUAUGCUAGGCUCUCCCACAACUUCAUCAUCAGCAACGGCGGCGGCGAGCGGCAGUGCAAUGCUAACGCCUGUAUGUACGCCCUCAUCGAGAAAGACUGGCAGUAUGGAUUUGAUAGCUGUUAAUGAUUAGAAUAAGAAGACGCAAAGCGCUCUGGUAGUAUCUCAAAAGAAACAAGUAUUUUCCUACAGGCUCUCUUGAGCUCCCUUAAAAGCUCUCUUGGCUCUCUUUGAUUUCUCUCAUACACGAGUUUCUCUCUUUUGGUUCUCACUAGCAUGUUAAGUACAAAUUGUAGUAACUUUAAUCUCAAUUCUCACAGUGAUCACAAUGUGUCACCCAGCAUGACAAUCAGGUUCCGAAAAGGGCCCUAGAGAAGAGACAUCUAUGACUCCUUUCUUGAAGGGUUUGAAGCGUCUCUUUAUAAUUUUUCGUUCAUUUGCCUUCCAUUAAAAAAAACUCAUAGCAUUUCUUUAGUUUUAAGAAAAUUCUUAAUGUUUAUAUAAGUCGUUUUUGUCGCCUUAAUUUGUAAGCCUUUAAAUAACAGUUUUUAGUUUUUAUUUCUACUGCAUCACUGUGUAUAGCAAUUUCUACAGUGUGUACGCUCCAUAAGGUUUUAGCAGAUAUUUCUUUUAUUGUACUUGCUCGAAGCAUUCUAAAGUCCUUUAAAGACUUGAAAAUAUUUUAGUUUAUGUAAUGUAUUGUAGAUAAGACAAUGACAAAAUGAAACAAAAAAGUGAAAAUUAAAUUUUAAUAAAUUUAUACAAUUAUUUUUUUAAUAUA